AUGGAGCGUCGGAGCAAGAUGGAGUUUUUCCAGAAACUGGGCUACAGCCAGGAGGACGUGGUCAGGGUGCUGGGCAAACUGGGUGACAGUGCCUUGGUCAAUGACGUGCUGCAAGAGUUGAUCCAGACCGGCAGCCGCCCAAGGGCCCAGGAGGAUCCAGCCAAUGGCACCGGAGUAGUGCUGAUGCCCCGGGGAUGCUGCGGGGUCCGAGACUCUGCCCAGCAGGGCCUGGGAUCAGGCCUAGAAGAGGCUGGCGGAGAUCCAGCCAGCUUCCUGCGGCCCAUCGUGAUUGAUGGCAGCAACGUGGCUAUGAGCCAUGGAAAUAAAGAAGCCUUCUCUUGCCGGGGAAUUCGUCUGGCUGUGGACUGGUUCAGAGACAGAGGACACACCUACAUCAAGGUUUUUGUCCCCUCUUGGAGGAAAGAGCCAUCAAGGUCUGAUACCCCUAUCAGAGAGCAACACGUCCUGGAGGAGCUGGAACGGCAAGCUGUGCUGGUGUACACCCCAUCCCGCAAGGUGAACGGCAAGCGAGUAGUUUGCUAUGAUGACCGCUACAUCGUGAAGGUGGCCUAUGAGAAGGACGGCAUCAUUGUCUCCAAUGACAACUACCGGGACCUGCAGAACGAAAACCCAGAGUGGAAAUGGUUCAUCGAGCAGAGACUGCUCAUGUUCUCCUUUGUAAAUGACAGGUUCAUGCCUCCGGAUGACCCCCUGGGUCGCCGUGGACCAACACUCAGUAAUUUCCUAAGCAAGAAGCCAAGGCCCCCGGAGCCCUCCUGGCAACAUUGUCCCUAUGGCAAGAAAUGCACCUAUGGGGUCAAGUGCAGAUUCUACCACCCUGAGAGACCGCACCACGGGCAGCUGCCGGUGGCCGACGAACUCCGAGCAAAGACGCGGGCCUGGCCGGGUGGUGGCGCCGAGGAGCUGCGGCCACUGAGCGCCCGGAGCCGUCCAGCAGCAGCCCGGCUGCUUCCCCGGGAGCCCGGCGAGCACAACCUCCCGCUGGCCCCGCAGCCCGCGUCCCUGGCAGCCCUGAACAGGAGCCUCGCUCGGCUGACCUUCAGCGACACCGCGGCCAACGGCGUCGUGUCCCUGUCGCGUGGACCGGACUGGAUGCCCACGGGUGGCCCCACGUCCUGGGACUCGCCAUCCCUUCGCGUGGCCAGCGCUGCAACCCCAGGGUCGUCGGGUCUGCGGUGCCUCCGGACUCCGAGCAGCCCGCUUUCUCCUGGUGAUCUCGGGUCCCCAAUCUGCCCACAGGCCCAACCGUCUGACGGACACCGCUCCAGGGACAUGCACAGUGACCUGCCUCCCCAGCGCAGACCGCUGGAACAUCCGUGGGCCCUCCUGCCCAGCUCCUAUCGUUAUUUGAGCCACUCGGCCUGGGCAGAGUCGGCUUGGGGCGAGGGCACCUUUAGAGGACCUCCGGGGUCAGCACAGCCCGCCACCAAUGAUGGGGGAACCCGAGCUGCGCUCUGCAGCGUCUUCCCAUCUGACCGAGACGACCCUGUGAUGACCUCGGAUCCUGUGCUUUCAGACAUGGCUCUGCUCACCCUCCUUCAGAGAUCCCAAAAGACUGGUGCUCCAUUGGGGGAUCCUUAUGGGACAGGUUCAUAA